UGAGUUCAGAGCCAACUUUGAGUGUGAGUGUGUGUGUGUGUGUGUGUGUGUGUGUGUGUUUUCCCGUCAGUUUCUCAUCAGUCGGGCUAGAAGGAUUAUCUGAAGGCGGGGUGAAGGUGCGGAGGAGAUGGUUCCUUCAGCAGGAUGGACCGGAGGAAAGUCGUGCCCGGGUUCGUCCCCUGCUGUCUGUUACUGGCUCUGUCUGUCUCUGCAGAGGUAAAUCAAGGUGGAUACUUGAAUAUUGUGCAGAGUGCGGCUCUGGUCUCUUGUUCAGAAGGCUUUAUAGAACUCGGCUAUUAUAACGGCUCAGUUUCCCACACGGACUCAGGCUCCCCCUGCCUGAAGUGGACAGAUUUCCCAGACUACGUGCAGCAGUACCCAGGCCGAGGCCUGGGGGACCACAGUUUCUGCCGAAACCCAGACCGAGAAAACGACCCUUGGUGCUUCUUCAGGCAGAGCUCUGGUGCCAUCGGCUGGGAAUACUGCGACUGCCGUCAGGGCGCUGUCAGAUUGGUGGGGGGGUCAUCAGGCAACAGUGGGCGUCUGGAGGUCUAUCUGAACAGCCAGUGGGGGGCAGUAUGUGAUACACACUGGACCGACCGCGAUGCUAGCGUCAUAUGCAGACAGCUCGGACUGGGUGAGAUUGGUACAGCCCUGCAGCAUUCGUACUUUGGUCCGGGUUCUGUCUUCCACUAUGAGCGUCUCGGUUGCCGUGGAAAUGAGAAUUCCCUACUGGAGUGCCGGAGCAGGAAGUUUGUCACCAAUGACUGCAACCAUGGCAACGAAGCGGGAGUGGUUUGUGCUGAACCUGAAGGCAUUGGCAUCCCUUUGAGGCUAGUAGGUGGCUUGGAGGAUUUUGAGGGCCGUGUUGAGGUGUACCAUAACGGCAGGUGGGGAACAAUUUGCGACGACCAAUGGGAUGACGCUGAUGCCGAGGUGGUGUGCCGACAGUUGAACCUGGGCGGUGUGGCCAAGGCAUGGCGGUGGGCCCACUUUGGCCCAGGUUCUGGUCCCAUCUUGCUGAAUGAGGUUCAGUGCACAGGCAAUGAACUCUCUCUGGAGGAGUGUCCUCACAACAUCUGGGAGCAGCACGACUGUGACCACAUGGAAGAUGCAGGCGUGUCCUGCAAUCCGUACACAGAUGGUGCAGUUCGUCUGGUGGGAGCAGACCAUUACUGGGAGGGUCGUGUGGAGAUUUACUAUCAAGGACAAUGGGGCACUGUGUGCGAUGACAACUGGACCAAGCUCAACGCCCAGGUAGUGUGCAGACAACUGGGCUUCAGCGGCCGAGCAGAAGUAGCUCCUGACAGAGUGUAUGAAGAAGGUCGCGGGCUGAUCCUGCUGGACGAGGUGCAAUGUCAGGGAACUGAAGCCACUCUACUGGACUGCACCCACUCUGAGUGGGGCCAGCAUGACUGCUCCCACAGUGAGGAUGUUGGUGUCCGCUGUGAAAGGGGAAGUGAUGCUAAUGAGAUACCAGGCCCGUUACCUUCAGUUGGCCCUCUGGUGCGUUUGGUUGCUGGAGAGAGCAGGAAGGAGGGUAGAGUGGAGGUCUUCAUUAACAACCAGUGGGGAAGUGUGUGUGAUGAUGGCUGGAAUGACAUCAAUGCAGCUGUAGUUUGCAGACAGCUGGGAUUCACCGGGGUGGCUAAAGCUCGAGCCAUGGCGUACUUUGGAGAGGGUCAAGGUCCCAUCCAUCUGGACAACGUUCGAUGCUCAGGCAAGGAGAUGUCCUUGGGUCAGUGUCCAGCAGUCGGUCAAGAUAGCCAUGACUGCCGCCACAGCGAGGAUGCAGGCGUCAUCUGUGAUUACACCCUAGAUCCUGUGGGAGAUGGCGUCAAGGCAAUGCAGACCUGCGGCCUGAGACUCAAUAACCAGCGUCGUCGACGCAGGAUCAUAGGAGGAGAAAAGUCCCUGAGGGGUGAGUGGCCCUGGCAGGUGUCUCUGUGGCUCAGGUCUCAGUCUAAAGGCAACCAUCCUCUGUGUGGAGCAUCACUCAUCAACCCCUGCUGGGUUGUUACUGCUGCCCACUGCUUCAAGAGAUUUGGCAGAGACCCGACCCGCUAUGUGUUGCGCCUGGGUGACUACCACACCGAGGAGCAGGAUGACUUUGAACGCACCUUGUCCCCUGAACGCAUCGUUAUCCACAGAAAGUACCACAAUCAGGGCUGGGAGUAUGACAUUGCUCUGUUGCGGCUCAAAGGCACAGAGGGCAACUGUGUGGCAUUCAACCCUCACACAGGUGCAGUGUGUCUACCUGAGCCAGGUAACAAGUGGGAGAAGAGGCCUGGUGCCUGUGUGAUCACCGGCUGGGGUAUCACAGAUUCAGAGUACUCCCGGACUCUGCUCCAGGCCUGGGUCCCCCUUCUACCAGCCUGGAAGUGUAAGAAGAGAUACAGUGAUCGUUUCACCAGCCGCAUGCUGUGUGCAGGGAGCCUGUCAGAGCGCCACCGCGUGGACAGUUGCCAGGGGGACAGUGGGGGACCACUGGUUUGCCAGGGGGAAGGGGGGCGCUGGGUGUUGACAGGAGUCAUAUCUUGGGGUCAUGGUUGUGGUAACCCCUCUUUCCCUGGGGUGUACACACGCGUUAGCAGGUUCUUGCGAUGGAUUGAUAAGGUCAUCAACAAACCAUACAUACAUAAGAACUAAUGAUGCAGAAUAAGAGUGGAUAACCAAUGUUAUUAAGGGGCCUCAGUGAUUGUGGAAGGAGCCUGCUGGCCUUUGCUUCUCUGCUGUGCCUCCUUGUACACUCCAUUUUUAAGCUCAUUUGUUGCUCCCCGUGUUUCCCACAUCACUGUGUAAAUGACCUGGAAUAUUUAUAUUAUCUCACAGUGAGAACUAAUGACAAAUUCCCAUGCACAACUGCACACAUUUGUUGUGUCACACUUUGAGGAACCAUGAUCUGAGCCAGUGAUGAGCAAAAAGCAAGUGGUAAACGGUUGCUUUUUUUUAAUGAUUUAUUGUAGAUUUGAUGUCAUUUGACGGCAAUACGUGCAUGCUUCUUGCAUGUCUUCAUCUACACAGUUCAGUGGCUGCCUCUGCCAGCAUUUAGCAAUGCAGCAGAUAGAGAGUAGUACCCACCCAGACACACCGGAAGGAAAAAGAUAUAUUGGCAUGUGAGAUCUGCUGCAAUCACAUUUGGAUUUGGCUACCAGGAAAGUAUUGGACCCAUGAAUAUGGCACAUGGCACAGUUAAACAGUGCUAUACUACACCGGUCAAGUGAAAAGUUGAAUGACAUUGCACUAACAUGCAUGCCUUCCAAUCACAGCUGUAAAUAACAGUCUCAUGCGGGCUAGAGCCAAUGAAGAAUGACAGCACUGGGCUGAGAACAAAUGUACCUUUGAACAAGUAUGUGUCAUAUAAUACUGAAUUUUUGCAUACUGACAUUUUUAUUUGUUUUUUGUUGUUGUUGUUGUUGUUGUUGUUUGUUUUUCUUACAUUCCAAGUGUGCAUCUCCAAACCAUAACCACAGGUCAAACAGUUAUUAUUAUCAUAACCAUUAAGGUCGCUAUUGUUGCCAAAUUUAUUUCUGUUUGCUAAAGUUUUGUUAAUAAUAUUCAAUACCAACUGCCGUACAGUAAAAAGGAUAAAAAGUACAGCUCCAUCAGUAGGCUUUUACCAAGACUGAGUAACAAAUCAGGCAAAACACCCACCAGACAACUACCCUGCAGAAUCCAGGAGGUUCACUGUUUGGUGAUUGGUUUGUGGUAAUCUGACUAACUGUGUUUUAGAAUAUGGGAACAUGUAUAUUAUCAGCUGAUCAUAAGGGUCAUGAGCUUGAUGUCCUUUGAUAGAAAUGGGUCCUGUGUCAAAAUAUAGAUUUAGAACCUUCAUCAUUUCAGUUGAAAUUGUGGUUACAAAAUUCAUUUGUAUUUAUUUUUUGGAUUCUGUACACAAUGCAUGUGUACACUAUGUGUGAGAUAUACAUUUUUCUGCGUUCUGUACAGCACUGGUGAGUGCAUUUUUUAUUGUUUUUAUUUAUUUGGGAAAAAACGUCAGUGAUGACUGUAUUAAGCUUUAUUUAUUUAAGUACUGUUGAUUUUAACAUCAUCACAUUCCACUAUGACACUAGAGAAAUGCAAAUGGGCUACUACUAUUUACGAUAAUGUGUCCAAUCCACAGGACAUCAGCAUUCAACCACAAGACACCAAACAGAGAGUAGCAGGCUAGUCUGUGCACCAAUGUUUAGUCUUUUGUUCAUUUCGCAGAAACCAUUAAAUAAACGUCUCAAGACAAAUUAGUACAUUUUUUUCCACAACUCCCCACAAACUCAUCCAUACUUUCUGAUCUCCGUAAACGUAUUCUUUAAAAAGCUGGAGAAAAAAUAUCUUUCCUACAAUGGUUUAUGUGUGAUUAAACUAUCAUGCAUGUUUCCAUACCAUAUAUUCUUAAAUUUAUCUUUUGAACAAAAUAGUUCUGGUUGAUAUGUCAUUUGUUCUACCUAGUUGUUUCUCAGUGCUAAGUUACUCUUAAUGACAUUGUUUAAAGGCCUUACAGGAAAGGGAUUACUGCCUAAAUUGCUGGAAGGCCUUCAAUGUGAAGUAUUAAGAUUUCAUGUACAGCAUACAGUAAAUUAGCACAAUAGAAACUCAAAAACAAAGCAAAAAAGAAACAGCUUAAAACACAGUUGCUACUCAGACACAAAACAUCGACAUCACUCAUCUCAUAUAUUAGUAAUCCCGAAUGGAAUACAUUUCACUAACGUAAUAUAGUCACGGUCUUUAGAGCUCAGACAACACAAUACAAUCAACUUCUUUUUCUAACAGAAGGCUUCAUAGCAUCUGCUUAACCUGUUGUUAAAAUACUUGGCCAGAUUAGGUUUUUUUUUUCUUUUCAACACAGUGCAAAUAAUCAUCAUUCCCUUUUCAUAAAAUUGUGUUUCUGUCUUUAGAACAGAAAUUAAGACAUUUAGGAUCCACUGAAAUAUUUUUGGAAAUAAUUUCCUCCGUUGUCUUUCUUAGCUCACCCUCAAGGCUUAUUAUCUUCCUUCGCUGCCAGACGUACAACAGUGUACCUUCCACUUCUGUGGGUUUAGUGCAUCGGUCUGAAAUGUUGAGGACUUAUUUGUUUCAUUUUACUGGGGUAACAAGUUUGCAUUUACAAACGCUACUGUAUUGAUCAGAGUACAUUGUAAGUGAGUCAGUUUCUAAGUUCCCUUCAAGUGUUUCCUUCAUUCUAAGAGUUGUCUUCAGAACUUAACAAUACGUGGUAAAAUUCUGACACCGUUACUUUGACUGUCCAUGGUCACCUUUGUUUCCAAAAUAGAUUUAGGGGUUUAAUUGCAUCACAUCAUAUUAAUUGUGAUAGGUAAUACAAAUUGGAUUUUUCUCCCCUGCCCUUUUGAGGAAGGAGAAAAUUGUGAAACAUAGUCAACUUGGAACAGGGCAUGAAUGUAAUACUAACAUAAAGGCCGUUUCAAAAGAUGAUGCCACAGAGACUAGUUUUCAUUGUGACCAGUAACUCAUGUGUAUGCUCUAUCAAUACCAGGUGCUAUUUUGGACAAAUGUGGAAAGAUUUAGAUAUAAUCUGACUUUGAAUGGAAGUUGCACAUUGUUACUUUCAACCUGGGCGGUCAGGAUCAAAGUAACAUACCAGUGGGUCAAAAAUAGCAAAAUAUAAACUUGAAUUGUUCAUGUUGUUCUUGUUAUUAUUUGAAAUGUAGGACAAUGUCCUUGUUAACAUGUGACUGCAUGUUAAUUAAUGCAUUAUGUCCCUUAUCAAUUUUUUUUUUACAUUUUUUGUUGUUUUAGUGUUCAGUUUCAUUAAGCACUUCACAACUGUAUGAACUCUGCACCCUCAGUACAUGCCUCAUUGUUGCUACAGAGGGCCAAAAGGAACAUAAGUUGCUAUUGUCCUGACAAAACUACAACAUGGCAAACUUUAGAAUGUGUACUAAAUACUGUAAUCUGUCGAUGAUCAUGACUUUGGCUAACAAAACAAUAAACGCAACUUGCCAAAUUCCUGCUUGAGUGAAUUUAUUUACUGUGCUCUACAGAAAAUAGGGAAGUGUUGGACUGCUACUAUACAAGCAACCCCAGUGAG